AUGGUUAGCACUUAGCAACAACAGUCAGUCAAAUAAAUAAAAUUUCAUGUCACCACAUAUUUUGGUUGGUCGCAACAGCUUUCUACCCCAAUCUCACCAAAUUAAAUACUCCUACUUUAUUAUAAAACUAUAGAAUAAUAAUAUUGGUAUUUUACAAUGAUUUUUUUGGGUUUUCUAUAUAUAUCAGUCGACUUCCAAAGCAUGUUGCACAAGUUAAUUGUACUAUUCAAUUUAUUCAUAUGGAUAAGUGUAGAACUCAUCAGAAGCAUACCACAACUCAAGAUGAGGCAAGCAGUGUUGAGUGGGAAUUGAUAAAGAUGACAGAACAAGAAGAAGAUAUGAUAUGCAGAAUGCACAAGCUUGUGGGAGACAAGUGGGAUUUAAUAGCAGGAAGAGUUCCAGGAAGAAGUGCAACAGAGAUUGAAAGAUUUUGGUUGAUGAGAAUAAAUGGUGUUGGAAAGAACAAAGAAGACAAAAUUAUUGAUCGGGCCCCACCGCUACACAUAUUCGACUAAUAAUACUAAUUAUAUUAUUAGAUGUAGCUAUAUUCUAUUUGUAGUACUAUUUGCUAUUGCAUUAGGAGUACUUGGUAAACGUCGUGUUAUAUGUGUUACAUUUAAUCGAUUUCACAUACUACUAGUAUUUUAUAGUAGUAUCUGUAGUUGGUUGUCUAAAACUCUAAAAUAGUGUUUGUAUUCUAUUGUUGUUUGCAA